AUGCCCGGCCCUGCUUCUGGAACUACCGUCGGUAAACCCCCAGCUGGAGCUAGUGCUCGACCAUCCGCUGGAGGCCCACAAGUCAGACAGCGAAAAGCUGGCGGACAGACUAAAGCAAAGACCACCACCAAUCCUUCUGGACAAAUGGGCAACGGCAUGUGGAAGUUCUACACUGAAGACAGCCCCGGAAUCAAGGUCGGCCCAGUGCCAGUUUUGGUCAUGUCGCUGAUGUUCAUCGCUUCGGUUUUCAUCCUACACAUCUGGGGCAAAUACACCCGCUCCUCAUAA